UUAUUAUUAUUAUUAUUAUUAUUAUUAUUAUUAUUAUUAUUAUUAUUAUUAUUAUUAUUAUUAUUAGUAGUAGUAGUAGUAGUAGUAGUAGUAGUAGUAGUGAUAGGUAAAUAAAAGUAAAAAUAGUAGGUAAUAAAACAAUAAGUAAUUAAAUAAUAAUAACAAAAGACUAUAAGUAGCUAUUUUUAAUAAACAACAACAACGAUAAUAAUAAUAAUAAUAAUAAUAAUAAUAAUAAUAAUAAUAAUAAUAAUAAUAAAUUAAGCUUUUAUUUUAUUAUAAUUAUUUAUUUUGGAAGACGGAAACCUUCCGCAAAUCAGGAGUCGGUGUCUCUCAGUUUCCGGCUUCACACUGCUAAGCUGGCAAGAUGGCGUCGGAACCGAACAAGACUGAAAUCCUUACAGUUUUUAAAAGACUGCGCUCGAUUCCCACCAACAAGGCCUGCUUUGACUGUGCUGCUAAGAACCCGAGCUGGGCCAGUAUUUCUCACGGGGUUUUCCUUUGCAUCGACUGCUCAGGGAUUCAUCGUUCUCUGGGCGUCCACCUGAGCUUCAUUAGAUCUACAGAGUUGGACUCCAACUGGAGCUGGUUUCAGCUGAGAUGUAUGCAGGUUGGAGGAAAUGCGAAUGCGAUGGCGUUUUUCCGUCAGCACGGCUGCACUACCAACGACACCAACGCGAAAUACAACAGCCGUGCCGCGCAGAUGUACCGGGAGAAGAUCAGACAGCUAGCCAAUGCAGCGCUCUCCAAAUACGGCACUGAUCUGUGGCUCGAUAAUUCAGGAAACACUCUGACCUCAGCGCCAGAGAAGAAAGAGACUGACUUCUUUGACGAGCACACUCAGGCCGGCAACAGUUGGGACAUGGCCUCUCCUUCACUAUCGGAGCAGAACGGAACGAUCACUGUUACUCCUCAGCUGGAGCAGGACAGCCCCAAAGUGUCAGAAUCCGGCCCCACCCAAUUGGAUAAAGGACCCAGCAUCGAGGGACUGAACACGGAUGCAAAAGCCACUAUAGAUGUGAGACCUUCGAUUAUUGGAAAGAAGAAGCCAGUUGCUGCAAAAAAAGGGCUUGGGGCUAAGAAGGGUCUCGGGGCCCAGAAAGUGAGCAGCAAGAGCUUCAACGAGGUGGAGAAGCAGGCACAGGUGGCCGAAAAGAUGAGAGAGGAGCAGGCUGCCGAGGCUAAGAAACAGGCUGAGGAGUCAAUUGUGGCAUCAAUGCGUCUGGCCUACAAAGAGCUGGAGAUUGAUAGGAAGAUGGAAGAGAAAAGGUUGCAGAACCUGGAGGGGAAGAAGAGGGAGCAGGCUGAGAGGCUUGGCAUGGGCUUAGGAACCAGGAGUGUUGUGUCACACUCUGUGAUGUCAGAGAUGCAGGUGAUUGAGCAGGAGACCCCCGUGAACUCAAAGUCCUCCUCUCGCUCCCGACUGGACAUGUUUGAUGAGCCUGGGUUUACCUCUGGACCACCAAAGUACAAGGACAACCCCUUCACUACAGGAGACAGCUUUGGCUCACGGUGGGAUUCUGAUUCAGGCUCCGCCUCCUUCUCCUCCUCUUGGGCUCUAGAGAAGGAGGAGCCCAAAGAGACUGAAGUGACCAUCUCAAGCAUCCAGCCAAUCGGGGAAAGGUUGCCCAGCAGAAGGAAACCGGAAGCUUCCGUGUCCGUCGCAGAGUCCAGUGAGGCACGGCAGAAGUUUGCUAAUGCUAAAGCGAUCUCGUCUGACAUGUUCUUUGGGCGUGAGAGCAAUGCUGAGUAUGAGGCCAAGGCUCGUCUGGAGAGCAUGUCCGGCAGCACAUCUAUUAGCUCGGCCGAUCUGUUCGGGGAUGGAAGCAGCCGCUCGACAGGGGGAUCAGGAUUCGAGGGUGUGCUUCCCUCUGGACCGGACAUGGCCCAGUUUAAGCAGGGCGUGAAGACCGUGGCUGGAAAAAUGGCCGUGCUGGCUAACGGGGUCAUGAACACCAUUCAGGACCGCUAUGGCUCUUACUGACAGGACUGCAUGAUUCGAACAGGAAAGGAAAUGACAUCAAACAGGACAUACCACACUGCUGACUGGAUCAGGCUUUGUUUUUUUUCCCCCCUCUAAUGCAUUGUACCUGAAGCACAGAGGGAGAAAAUACAGAAACAAAAAGAAAAGGAGGAGACUGCACAACACAGGACCUCCUUAUCUCUUCUCCCAGUCUGCCUACAGGCUUUUGUAGAUUCUCUCUCACACACACACACACACACACACACACACACACACACACACAGUCUCUCUCUCUUUCUCACACACACACACACGCACACACACACUGUCUCUCUCUCUUUCUCACUCACACACACACACACUGACUGACAGUAUUUCAGUUUUCUUUUUUUCCUUGGAAGUCCUCAAAGCUGUAGAAAGUGUGUUUUUCCGAACCGCAGUGCUUUCUGUUGAAACUAACCGUGCUGGCUUUUUUUUUUUUUUUUUUUUUUAAAUGCCAUAUUACUGGUCUGAGAUUUCAUAGAAUUGAUUUAAGUAUUCUCUAUGAAAUAUGUAUAACCAAACUUAUCCUUAGCUCUUCAAUGUUUUCAUUGCUUUUUUGUAUUUAAGUGGUAUUAUAUUCUUCAUGGGCAUGUGCAUUCAUGACUAGUACAUUCACCUCACGCAGAAAGGGAACCAAGACGGUUAUAUUUCAAGUUCAAUUGGAAAUCUGUGAGGUCCAGUGACUAAAAAUGGAUAUUGCCCUAAACUGUAUGAGUGAGGUAGCUUUUAGAUGUACAGGAUCUACCAAUUCGAGAUGUUUCGAACGUUAAAGAAUGGACGAAGAACUAGCCGACGUGCAAUACGUCAUCCCCUUUUGUAAAGAUGGACACGUCAGAUUUUGCUUUCUGAAAAUCAUUUUGAAAAGCGUCGUGGUUUUGUGAUCUUUCUCCAAGCAUGCUCGUUCAGGCCCGUGAUCGUAAAACUCCUUUCAAAGCGAACCUCGAGAAAGUCGUACUUUUAACAAGCUGCAGACGGAGAAGAGGAAAUCUGGCAGAUAUUAUCGAUGCAGAUCGAGAAUGGGGUUCACAGACUUGACGAGGCGUCUGCAGCCUCUUACACGUACAUCAGUUCUUAGACUGGUGUGGAUUUUAAUGAGUUAAACAGGAUUAAAGAUGAACUGAAUGAUUUUGACAAAUCCUUAUGUGAUCCUUCCUGAUACAUGCAUUAGAAAAGGUGUUUUUUUUUCCCCCUCCCCUUUUAGAUUGAAACUCUGUGUGCUAUUGAGGAAAAAUCUCAACGUCCAUAUUCAUGAAAUUUGUCUUGUUUGUGAAAUUGAAAAAAUAAAGGACGUUAAUUCGA